UAAUAGCUCAUCAACGAUGUGUGAGUUGAAUUAAACACAGACCUGCAUACUGCAGUAGUUAGACUAGUAUAGUGACACAAGCUUAACUAUCAUGGCUAAGUUGAGUACAGUGUACAUGAUUGUGACUAUUACUGUGAUGCAGUGUAUCUGUAUCCAAAGUACUGAAGUGACUGAAAAGCAAGUCAAUAAUCAUCAUUUUGAAGCAUUAAAAAGCACUGCUGAUGAAACCUGCUCCAGUGAUACUGAUUGUCUACCAUGGACAACUUGUAACAACAACACUUGUAUAUGUCGACAAACAGACCAGAGGCUUUCAGCAAAGUGUAACAAUCUUCAACUUAUGGUCCAUACAUGCAGUUGUGUGACAUUUGACAAUCAAACAAGGGAAAUCACAGUAGGAAAGUGCAUUGAAGGAUGUGAUAAUGACACUAGCAAAGAACAAGCGUACUUUGUGAUUCCAUCUGACCCAUCAAAAAUAAACAGAUUCAUGUGUGAAGAAAGAUGGAACAGAACAGGAAGACUGUGUGGGAAAUGUUUACCAGGACAUGCUCCACUAGCUUACUCUUAUGACAUGCGAUGCAUUAAAUGCCCAGAGGGGAUUGCCAAUAUUUGGAAGUACAUCUUAGUAGCAUAUGGACCAUUAACAUUAUUCUACUUCAUUGUACUAUUCUUCAAAAUCAACGCCACAUCCUCUCAUCUUCACGGCUUCCUCUGGUAUAGUCAAGCAAUGUCUGUGCCAGCAUUUGCUCGAGUGGCUUACAUAGCAAUGGUCGGAGACGCAACACAAGUUUUUCUAUUUCACACACUAAUUCCCAUCUAUUCAGUAUGGAGUCUCGAUAUUCUCAGAAGCCUACAACUUGAAAUCUGCUUAGACAUUUCCACGCUCGCACUAUUUGCAAUGGAUUAUGCACUAGCCAUGUACCCACUGCUGUUGACAGUUAUUUCAUACAUCUUAAUCAAACUCCACGACCGAGACUACAGAGUGAUGGUACUUUUGUGGAGACCAUUUCGUUGUAUCUUUAAAAAAUUUCGUAGAAACUGGAACAUUAGAAACUCAGUAAUCGAUGCUUAUGUCACAUGCUUUCUACUAUCAUUCGUAAAAGUGCUCAACACUUCGAUAGACAUUCUCACUCCCACUCGUGCUACUGACCUGACUAGUGGAAAGUCAACCUGGGUACUGUACUACGAUGGAACAGUGGACUACUUAGGAACUGAGCACUUACCCUACGCUAUUCUUACAAUAAUAAUAGACAUUGUGAUGAUCGUAGCACCGGCGAUAUUGCUUGUACUGUACCCUUUUAAAUGGUUUCAACGUCUUAUCUCAUGUCUGCGAGUAAAAGGACACAUCCUACAAACUGUCAUGGACUCUUUCCAGGGUUGUUACAAAGAUGGGACAGAGCCUGGAACACGAGACUAUCGAUGGUAUGCAGCCGUUCCUAUCAUGAGUCGUUUUAUUGCUUUCACAUUGAUAUCCGUUACACUCGAUAGUGCCUACUUCCCGUGGGGAACAGUAGCAGUAGUCUCAACUCUUGUGCUGACAGUCAUUAGUCAGCCCUAUAAAGAGAAAUUUGCAGUCUACACCAAGAUUGAUUGUGUCUUUCUAGGUUUCCUUGCAAUAACUUUCGCUACAAUCGAUGGAAAGAAUUUGACGGGUCUCAUUCAUUUUAGCUUGAGAGAAACAAAUGUUAUACUUUUAGGGAUAUCAGUCACUGCUCCAAUAUUCUACAUGGUGGGCAUAACACUCUAUUGGAUAUUGUCGAGGAUGAAGCAAGGAGGAAGAUUGUUGAAUCGCUUCAGAGCACAAAGACAAGGCUAUCAAGUUAUAGAAGAUGGCAUGCCAGACAGACUUAUUAAUCCUGAACACUACCAAGGAAAUAUGCUACACACUCCAGUAAUCUAAUAUAUACAUGUGAUGAACAAGACUCACACAGGCUGUUACACCAUAUUUUAUUGCUUACACAAAAUUAAUGUGCGUACCACAAACCAAAGUGUACUAAAAUUAUCUAUUUAAUGAUAAUUAUUACAUUUA